AUGACUACUCAUGUCGACCCUCGCGAACGACGAGCUUUCCACCACGACACGAAUGAAAACAACCAGCAGCUCACCGCCGAGGAGCGCGAGAAGUUGCUAAAACCAUAUCUACCAGAGCCUCCCUCAGACCCGGCCUCGCCCGCAGGCUCGCCAGAGCGCAAUGCGCGAAAAGCCCCCAAGAGUGUCCGCAAACAAAAGUCGAUUCGCAGCUUUCUGGCCAACCAACUCCACGCACUCGUGUUUCUCAUCACCCAUACCAUAUUCUCCGUCUGGUUCAGAUUCCGACGAGCCUAUCAUGCUGUCGUCCACCGCAUCCAUGCCCUGUACCACUACCACCACCGGACGCCCGAAUACAUCAGGAAAGAUGUUGCUAAGCUUGAUAGAAAGCCGGAGCACGUUAGCGUUAUUUUAGACCUCAACGAGAGCGAUGAUGAUCAGGGCAACUCUGGAUUGGAGGGACUGGUGCAUGAUGUGUGCGAGAUUACUGCUUGGACUGUUAGUGCUGGCAUUCCAAUGCUGAGCGUGUACGAACAAUCAGGAAUUCUCAAGAACUACAUGCCUCAGCUUCACUCAGCCAUCAUGCUGACUUUGGGGUCCUAUUUCGGCGAAGACCGUAAACCUAUCCUCACCCUUCGCGCACCACUCAUACAGGCCUUUAGCCCUCCAGCAACGCCUCCGAACGGCAAUUCCCGUCCUUCCAGCCCUGAUACCCCAGAGCCACUUCGAAUCACAGUGCUCUUGUUAAGCCACACAGACGGCCGCGACACAAUGGUCGACCUGACGAAGACGCUGGCCGACAUGGCGCAGAAGAAGACGAUAGACCCUGAGGAUAUUACCACUGAUCUGAUAAACUCGGAGCUCAGGGACGCGGUAUCAGGAGAACCAGAGCUGCUCAUACUGUUCUCGCCGCAUGUAGUGCUUAAAGGUUAUCCGCCAUGGCAAGUACGACUGACGGAGAUAUACCAUGUGCCCGAUAACGUCGGCGUGAACUACCAAGUGUUCCUCCGUGCACUAUAUAAUUACGCAAAAGUGGAAAUGCGGUUUGGGCGGUAA